CAACGACGGUCGCGACAAUGGCGUCAAGCUCACAAGACCAGACCAAAAAGUCCAAGAAGCGCAAGUCGAUGGCCAGCAAUGGCAUCGCGAGCGAAGUCAACGUCGUCGUCGCCGAGUCGUCCACAGGGGUCGGCCCUGCCUUCGUCAACUUCCCCUCUGUUCGUCCCAGCUCAAAGACGCCCUUCCAGAUCUACUCGCGCGACCCCUCCGCCACGACCGAGGACAUCACCAAGCAGCGCACUAUAAUCGCGGGUGAAACCGACGACGUCGAGUACUUCUCGACCAACCGGGACUACAACACGAGCGGCGAGGGAAGCGACUGCCAGUAUGUUCCCGCCCUCUACGACCCCUCCACCAAGACUCUGCAUGUCCACCAAUCCACUCCCCUCUACCUCCUCGCGCACCGCGUCAAGCGCAUGCGGGAAGCACCUCUCCUGUCAACAGGGCCCAGUGCAGAGGCUAUGCAGUGGAAGGUGAAGCGUAACGAUCUCGGUGAGGCGUUCGGAACGCGCAAGGCCAAGAGCCAGAUCAAGGCCGAGGAGAGGAACAAGGUCGACAUCAACGCCAUGCAGGGCGUCCGCGGUAACCUCAUGCAGAGCAUUGGAGGCAAGGAGGCGAAGGAGGAGGGCCCCGUCCCUCCAUCCGAGUUAAUUCCCGUGCCCAACCUCGAGACCAGCAACCCUGCCGAGGUGUACUCCCGCGACGCGAUCAUUCCCCCUGCCGAGUGGAGCUCCAUGAACGUCACCCCUAUCACCCAGGCUACCGACGACCGGGGUCGUUCGGCCGCGCUGCCAUACCGCCGAAGCCGGUGGAUCGAGGACAAGCUCCGCGUGGCUGUCAGCGCUCCUUCGUCGACAAGGAAGAACAGCUUGCGCAUGCUCUACUACCUCGCCUGUCUCCUCCAGUUCUACAACUUCGCCGGCCAGCUCUCCAAGACCUCCAAGUCUGAGCUUCCUGCCAAGUUCCCUGGCGUGCCUCAGCAGGUUCUGAACGGCCUGCUCACCCGCUUCGCCGAGCCCCAGGGCAAGCAGUUCACCGUCACCGAGAAGACCAAGACCAAGCUGCUCGCUUGGAUCUGUGUCUGCUACCUUGCAUGCGACGGCUGGUCGGUCGACAUCAGCAGAGUGGCCCGCGACCUCUCCCUCACGCCUGCAAAGGUCACGGACAUGUUCAAGUCGCUCGGCUGCUCGGCCGACCUCGCGUCCACGGCUGAGCGUGAGAAGCUUGGCGUGUCGCAGGCCGACGCGGCCAAGCUCCGCCGUGCUGUCCUCAAGGCGCCGGUCAAGUUCCCCAAGAUUAAGCGCCGCGGUCCCACAAAGCGAUAGAUACGUCUGUGAAGAGACGAGAACUAUUCUUCAAUCAUACCCCGCCAUAUUGGCACCCCGCGACAGCCACUGGCACACAAUCAUUGUUUGGUCAUGCAAUCAUUCAUCCAUCGCAAA